CUCUCCGCAACCAUCUUGACCAAAUUGGGUCAGCGCAGGUGCAACUAUUCAAGCAAGGACGCCGAACAAAGUUGCGCUCUCGAACCUCUUCUUGGGUCGUAGGUUCAGCGCUUGGCCUUUGUUCGAGACAGCUUGCUCGGUGGGGACCGACUGUUGCCGCGUGGGUUGGCUUAUCGCCAUCUCUACUGCCGAUCUGCAAUAGCCUCCAGUACCAGCAAUUAUCUGCAACCUAGCACCAUGGGGUACCUACCGUCGCUUGGAACGCUGGUUCGCGUGACGCUGGGCGUAGUGGUGGUCGGCAUCGCUUCCACCGCCGGGCUGUUGUAUCGCUACCAACGCUUACUCAUUUAUCCCUCAACGAUCCCCGCCCGUUCGCGAACCGAAGUGAUGACACCCGAUCAGUUUGGCAUGCCAUACACCGAAGAGAAGCUACAGACACCUGAUGGCGAGACAAUCCGCCUGUAUGUCAUUUUGCAAGAUGGUAACGCUGAGCGCGCAGCUGGGAAGACGCCCAAAGCCACAGGCGCAGAGGCAGCCAAGGGCAGACCUACCGUUCUCUUUCUCCACGCAAAUGCUGGUAACAUGGGCCACCGCUUGCCUCUUGCGAAAGUCUUCUACCGACGAUUUGGUUGCAACAUUGUCAUGCUUUCCUAUCGCGGCUACGGUCUUUCGACCGGCAGCCCAUCAGAAGUGGGGAUACGGAUAGAUUCACAGACGACUCUCGACUACAUCAAGGAGCACCCUUUACUGAGCCAAACAACCCUGGUCGGCUACGGGCAAAGCUUAGGCGGCGCUGUCGCCGUCGAUGUCGCUCAACGGAACCCAAAGCAUGUGCAUGCGCUCAUCGUCGAGAACACCUUCUUGUCCAUUCCUGAGAUGGUUCCCCACGUUCUGCCACCCGUAAAGCCUUUUCUCUUCCUGUGCCGGGAAUACUGGCUAACGGGUGAGCUCAUCAAGAAGCUCCCGCGGUCGUUCCCCGUGCUCUUUUUGAGCGGCCGGCAGGACGAGCUCGUGCCGCCAUCGCACAUGGAUGCACUGUUCGAGCGUUGCAGCUCCGAGAAGAAACACUUCAAAGCAAUCCCAGAAGGCAUGCACAAUGAUACUUGUUCGAAGCCUGAUUACUUUGAAGAGAUAGCCACGUUCCUCAGACGCUACGUGGUACCGGUGUCUCAUUCGGGCUCCGCAACGGCCAGUUCUGCACCCUCGGCCGCUUCGUCACCAGCACUACCUCUGCACCAGGAACUUCGGAAGCGCGGCGGUGCUACAGACGAUACCGAUGGCGAUGCAGAGGUCCUGACGGAUGAGGGGGAGUGGGUCAAGAUGAGCGGCUCGGACAUUUCGUCAAAGAUGUGAAUGCACAGCCGAAUGCUAUGCGCCUUGUUCAGCGCUGUACUGUACUGCAUUGCUCCACUCCCAAUUGGGACAAUCUGGUACCCUCAGCAUGCUUUCAGAGUUCACACCUGUAUAGUAGCAUUUCCUGUCUCAACGUAUAUGCUACUCUC